AUUUAACAACCCAAAACACACACUCCCCUUGCCGCUCCACUGCACACCUUAUCUAUCUUCUUCAUUCUCCAACUCACCAACCAACAAUGUCCGACGACAACAAACCCACUUCACCAAACCCCACCGGAGACGACUCCGACUCAUCCUCCGACUCCGAAGAACCAUUCCCAGAGAAACCACCAACCCGACCCGAACAACCCAACCAAGUCAACCCCAAACCACCCCCACCACCACCCUCACUACUCGACACCGAACCCCUCGACGACACCCCAGAAUCCUACUUCAAAAAGGUCAGUCAAAUUCUAGAAUCAGAAGAAUACAAAAAGUUGGAAGAAUCACAGGAAAUUAAUGACGUGGAUAAUAUCGACGAGCUGUAUGAUUUCCCAGCCGACCCGGAGGAGUGGAAAGAGGAGGAUUUGAAGGAGUUUUGGGCGGAUGCUCCGCCCUUUUUGAUGAAACCCGGGUGGGACCCGAAUUGGGUUGAUAAGGAUGAGCUUGAAGUUAUUAAUGAGGAGAUUAGAGAGGGUAGAGAUCCGCCAAUUGCCCCGUUUUAUGUACCCUAUAGGAAACAUUACCCGGUUAUUCCUCAUAAUCAUUAUGAUAUUCGUAAUGCGAAAUCGGUUAUUGAAGAGCUUGAUCGGAUUGAAGAGUUUUUGACGUGGCAUAGCUUUGUUUUUGCUGAUGGGAGCACGUAUGAAGGUACGGUUUGGGAUGAUUUGGCUCAUGGGAAAGGUGUGUAUGAAGCCGAGCAAGGGCUGGUCAGAUAUGAAGGUGAAUGGUUGCAGAAUAAUCCGGAGGGUCACGGGGUUCUUGAAGUUGACAUACCGACUUAUGAACCUGUUCCUGGUUCAGAGCUUGAAGCUCAGAUGCGGGCUGAAGGGUAUAUAUUUAAACGGGAUUUUAUGUCGCCAGAGGAUAAAGAGUGGCUCGAGAAGGAUAUUGAAGACUGUGUUCGUUUCUCUCGGGGCAGACGUGAAAUUCCGUUUUAUGAGAAUGAAGAGUGGGUCAGGCAAUUCGGAGAGAAACCGGAGAAAGGUCGAUACCGUUAUGCGGGUCAGUGGAAACAUGGCAGAAUGCAUGGUUGCGGUGUUUUUGAACUCAAUGAACGAACCUAUUAUGGACGAUUUUACUUUGGGGAGUUUAUGCAGGAAGAUCAUGGUUGUGAUGUUGAUGCUUCAGCGUUGCAUUCAGGUAUAGCAGAUGUGGCUGCAGCAAAGGCUCGGAUGUUUGUUAACAAACCUGAUGGAAUGGUCCGAGAAGAGCGGGGUCCAUAUAGCGAUCCGCAGCAUCCCUACUUGUAUGAAGGAGAAGAUAUGUGGAUGGCACCAGGCUUCAUCAAUCAGUUUUUUGAAGUCCCAGAUUACUGGAAAGCUUAUAUGGAAGACGUGGAUGAAGAGCGACAAAUGUGGAUAAACUCGUUUUAUAAGGCCCCAUUAAGGUUACCUAUGCCAGCUGAGCUUGAGUAUUGGUGGGAAAAUGAAUCUGCUCCUGAGUUUAUUCUCCUUAACAAAGAGCCGGAGCCCGAUCCCGAAGAUCCAUCCAAAUUGGUGUACGCUGAAGAUCCCGUUAUCCUACACACACCAACAGGGCGUAUAAUUAAUUAUGUAGACGAUGAACAACAUGGGAUCCGUUUGUUCUGGCAACCGCCUGUAAAAGACGGGGAAGAAUUCGACCCAAGCAAAAUUGAGUUUUUACCGCUUGGAGAUGAAGAACUGUUCGAACGUGACGACCGUAACUUUUUAGAGCGUACGGUGGCAUCAGCGCAAGAUAAAUGCAAAGCAAUGCUUGAGAGUUUGGAGAAACGGGUCGAGGAGAAGAAGAAAGAGAGUGAUGCGAAGGUGAAGUUGUUAGAAACCGAAAUUGAAAUAGUGGAAGCUGAAUCUGAACUAAAGGAAAUUAUUAAAGAAAUGGAUGACGAGUUAAAGCGAUUGGAAAAAGAAGAGGAAAAGAAGAUGGAGAUGGAAUUGGAAUUGGAAGCCGAAGAAGCAGCUGCAUAUGAAGAUGAAGAUGAAGCAGUUGAAAAAGUUGAAGAAGUUUCUCGUGUCGAGGUUGAGGUGAAAGAAGAUGGUGUUAAAGAAAUUGAUGUGAAAGAAGAUGAUGUUGUUGAUGAUGAUGACGAUGAUGAUGUUGGUGAAGAUGAUGAUGAUGAAGACGAUGAUGAAAACGCACCACCGAGUUUUGGAUCUGUUACUAAAGAUCAGGAUAGCAAAAAUGGUCGAAGAUCUUCACCGUUUGCUGCAUCUUCUAUGCAGUUCGGUUCGUUGGGCCUUGCAUCGAUGGUUCCAUCGCAGUUGCAGCGGUUAUUUGUGGCAUGGAAGGAGUCGAAGUUGCAUAAAAAAACUUCUCUCCCAUCUCGAGUUUUUCCAGAUCAAGGGACCCUAAAGAGUUCAAUCAGUUUUCAACGAACAUUUGACCAAGGUUUAACUUUGAGAGCACAUCACCAGGUCAACAAGUAUAUCACCCGGUCAACUAUCGGUAAGCAGAAAGCUUCUGCACAUCUUCAAAGAAACACGAGUGAGGAUAAAACACAAAGCUUUACUUGGCCAUACAUACAUCCUAAUGAAGAGUUGAGUAUUUUAUCUUUGCAUAUUCCUAUUUAGGUUGUUGUUAUCUUACAAAGUUAUUGUCGGUGCCUGAUUUGACACUGGUUUUUUAGUUCUUUGUAAGCUUAAGUUAUGCGUUGCUAAUUGGCAGAGAUACUGUGGCAUUUUUGACAUUUUGCCUUUGAGACUGUUGUAAAACCUCCACUUGACAUUUGGUGAAAAAUCAAUACCUGAAACAUAAAUUGUUCACAAACUAA